GAAAAAUCACAAUGAUAUCUGAGAUUAGUAUUACGUAGCUCGCCAUAUACGCUAGUAAACAUGUACGGUAAGACGAGGAUCUUGCUAGGACAGGUAGUUGGUUAGCGGCUUCGGUGCAGAACGGUAUACCAUGGCGGCCACCAAUCGAAAGUCGCAAAUCGCCAUCGUCGGGGGUGGUUUGGUUGGUUCUCUGGCAGCUUGCUAUUUCGCAAAAAGAGGCCAUUCUGUGAACAUUUACGAAUAUCGCGCAGACAUCAGAGUGGAAUAUUCUCGAGGUCAGAGCAUUGACUUGGCUGUGUCGGUCAGAGGGCGGGAAGCUUUAAGGGGAGUUGGUCUUGAAGAGGCAGUGAUCGAUGGUCAUGGCAUUGCUAUGCAUGGUAGAAUGAUCCACAAUAAAGAUGGUACCCUGAACGACAUACCUUACGAUAUUGUAAACGGAAAUUGCAUUUACUCAAUCAGCAGACGACGCUUAAACAUAGUUCUAUUAAAUGCUGCCGAUAAAUACCCAGAAGUGAAUCUUUUCUUCAACAAGAAAGUGUUGGAUGCGGAUUUAGAUAAUGGGAAGCUGAAGAUACUAGACACGAAGACUCAAAGAACAGAAGAGGUAAAAGCAGAUUUGAUAAUCGGCGCCGAUGGUGCUUACUCGACUAUCAGAAGAGUAAUGGCGAAGAGGCCGCUGUUCAACUUUAGUCAAACAUACAUUGAACAUGGUUACAUCGAAUUAUUCGUCCCCAUUGGAAAAAAUAACGAGUUUGCGAUGAGUGGUCAGCAUUUUCAUAUUUGGCCACGGGGACAAUUCAUGAUGAUAGCUUUGCCUAAUGUCGACCACACAUUCACCGGUGACAUAUUCGCCCCUUUCUCGACGUUGGACAAGUUGAAGACGCCGCAGGAUCUCUUGAAGUUCUUCGAAGAGCAAUUUCCAGACCUACUGGAAUUAAUUGGAAGGGAGAAGAUAGUUAAGGAUUAUUUCGAAAAGGAACCAAAGACAUUGAUUACUAUUAAGUGCAAACCAUAUCACGUUGGAAAAACGCUUCUCGUUGGGGAUGCUGCUCACGCCAUGGUGCCUUUCUACGCCCAAGGAAUGAACACGGGUUUCGAGGAUAUUUUAUUACUGGAUGAGUUAAUGGAACGCUACGACUCAGAUUUUAGUUUGAUUCUUCCAAAGUUCACGGAACUUCGAUGCGAGGACGCACACGCUAGUUGCGAUCUUGCCAUAUACAAUUAUAUCGAGAUGAGGGAUCUGGUAACGAGGAAAUCGUUCCUCCUUCGAAAAAGAUUAGACACGUUCCUCUAUAGACAAAUUCCAAAUACAUGGAUACCACUUUAUAAUACGGUUCACUUUUCAAGGAUGAAGUUUCGCGACUGCGUCGCCAACAAGGAAUGGCAAGACAAGAUAGUACGAAGGGCUGGUUGGUGUACAUUGUUCUUGAUUUUUGGAAUACUGGCGGCCCCUUUAGUUGACACAUUUGGAAGAAAAAUCAUUUCCUAUUGAAUAUAAAUAUAUAAAGUAUACCAUUACCUGGAUAUACAAGCGUGUGCAUUGUUUCUGCAAUAAGAUACUAUCGUUUAAUAUUAUGGCGAUACUUUCAAAAGGAUCCUUAGAAAAUUAAUUAUACGUUUAAGUU